AUGGAAAAAAGCAACAUACAAACAGAUAGAUCCUGUAUUUUCAAACCAGAUGGGCGGUCACAACGACCAUCAACAUCGUCAACAUCGUUUGAAAUAGUCGAACAACAGCAUAGAAAUAGUAAUUAUUUUAUGAAUCAAAUACCCAACAACAACAACAACAACAACAAUAAAGGAAAAUCAAUUCAUGAAUGUAUCAUCGAUCAUACAUAUAAUAAUACUAAGGAUCAUGCAAGAUUAACAGCUGAUUGGUCAACACCGGGUGUACCUACAGCCACUAUGGAUAAUAAACAUUAUUUUGGUCUUUAUUUAAUUCGCAUUAAACAUGGUUUAGUUCUUUUUUCGUUAUUUCUUACGGCUUUUCAAAGCCUCAUAUAUUUCUUAAUAGCUGUUUUUUCUGAAAAACCUUAUUUCUCUCAAUUUGUUCUUGAAAUUCUCGGUUUUAUUGGAAUAUUUUUUCUAUCCAUUAUCUUUAUUUUAUUACUUCAUCGUGAAAAAUUUUUCCAUACUCACGUCUAUGUAUCAUGUUUAUCAAUAUGGUUCUUAUUAACAUCAUUCGCAAUCAUACCAAUUAUUCUACAACAAUAUACAUCCGUUAUACGAUUAAUGGGCAUUGUUACAUUUUCUAUUAUUACUAUACAUACAACAUUACCUGUACCACGAUUGUGGACUAUCCUAAUGGCUUUCACUACAUCUGUCAUUCAUUUGAUGCUUGUCAUACGUACACAUAAUAUUCAAGAUCCAAAUAAUCGAUCUCAUAAAAUGGAAUAUAAACUUGAGUUCAUUUGUCUUUCAUUAUUCUUUGUUGCGUGUAAUGUAUUCGGAUUAUGCCAUCGUUAUUUAACUGAUAUACAUCAAAGAAAAAGUUAUCAUAAUACGAUGCGUUGCAUUGAAGCUCGUUUACGACUUGAACGUGAAAAAGAACAACAAGAGAAAUUAAUUCUUAGCGUGAUUCCAGCGCAUAUCGCGUUAAGUAUGAAAUCGGAAAUGUUACGCAAAGUAAAGGAAACAGCAAAGUAUCAUAACAUUCAAUCACGUGAUUAUGAUGAUCAAUGUUUGAAUACAAAAAAAAUCAAUACACGUAAAGCAGCGUUUCAUGAUUUAUAUAUAAAAAAACAUGAAAACGUUACUAUACUCUAUGCUGAUAUUGUGAAUUUUACGCCGUUAUCAGAAAAAUUUACUCCACCAGAACUUGUGCAAAUACUGAAUAAACUUUUUGGAAAAUUUGAUCAACUCGCACAAGAAUGUGAUUGUAUGAGAAUAAAAAUUUUAGGUGAUUGUUAUUAUUGUGUUAGUGGUUUGCCGAUAAGUCGACCGAAUCAUGCGACUAAUUGUGUACGUAUGGGUUUAAAGAUGAUUGAAGAUAUUAAAUUAGUACGUGAAGCAACCGGUGUUAAUGUUGAUAUGCGUAUUGGUAUUCAUACUGGACGCGUAUUAUGUGGUGUAUUAGGCCUUAAAAAAUGGCAAUAUGAUACUUGGUCGGAUGAUGUGACUUUAGCUAAUCAUAUUGAAGCGGGUGGCGUACCAGGUCGUGUUCAUAUUUCUGAAAGUACAUUACUUCAUCUUGGUAAUGAAUACGAAGUUGAAGUAGCCAAUGGGCAUGAACGUGAUACUUAUAUCGCCAAAUUAGGUAUAAAAACAUAUUUUAUUAUUCCGCGAGAAGUUCCGAAUAAUCAAAAUUCAUUGACGAUGAACGGUGUUGAUACACGUAAAUCGGGUAAAAAGAUACAAAAAUUAUUGGAUACAUGGUCGAAUGAAACUCCAUUUUCUAUACAGCAACUUGCUGAUAAUGACAAAUCGGAUGCAGCAAAAAGUUUUAUACUUCUUGAAGAUAGUUUAAAACCAUUAGCAGCUUCAUUAACUUGUUUUCGCCAACAUCAUAGUCUAAAUGAUCUCGAACCGUUGACAUUAAGUUUUCAAAAAGAAAGCGAAACAACAAAUAAAACGCUCGAUGACGAUGAAGAAAAUCGUAAAGCUAGCGAAAGUUUAUUUCGUUCAUUACCUGAAUUACGCUAUCGUUAUUAUGUUGUUAAUGCGGCUUGUAUUUUUUGUGCUAUUGUGAUUAUUCAAGCAUUGAUAUUUGAAAAAAAUGCUCUUUAUCUCGUUCUGGUCAUUUGUGGUUUAUGUGCAUUUGGUAUAGCAGCAUUAUUUUGUCUUCUAGACAUUUCAAAAAUAAAGCGUGAUAAUCAUCGUUCGUUACUAGACCAAUCAAUUUAUUUAGUAACACAUUAUUAUUUUGCUCGUUUACCUGUGAGUCUUAUGUUAAUUAUUAUUUGUAUUCUAACACCAUUUGCUGUAAUAUGGCCAUCAACAAUGGAUACUGUCGAAUCCCUUGAAAAUACAACAGCAAUAAACAGUGAUAUAUUACUGUCAGCAUCGAAUCUUUCGUUUGCACAAAAUCGUUUUAAUCAAACUAUUCUGAUACCAACUCAUGCAAUUAAUAGUUUAUCAUCUUUAACAAACUCAGUAUUAUUUCAAUUGUGUCCUCAUUUUGAAUUCCAUAUAUUACUAAUUCAAUUGGCUCUACUAACUGUUUCUUCGUUCAUGCAUCUUUAUUUUCUAUUCAAAGCACUGAUUAUGAUUAUUGUAGUAACGAUCUAUGUGUUUUAUUCAUAUCAAUCAAAUAUUUAUAAUAUUAUCUCAGACAGCUACGGUGUAAAAAGUAGCACAAUACUUGUAGAAACAACGGUUGAAGUUAUUUUUUUUAUUCUUCUACUAAUUGGUCUUGAUCGACGGUUUGAAUAUAUGAGUCGAUUGGAUCUAUUGUGGACAAUAAAAUUUCAAAAUGAAAAACAGGAGGUCGAAACAGUAAGCACUAUUAGUCGAUUGUUAUUAGAAAAUAUUCUACCAAAACAUGUAGCAGAAAUUAUUAUUAAAGAAAAUAUGAGUCAGGGUCUUUAUCAUGAAAGUUACGAUAAUGUUGUUGUUUUGUUUGCAUCGAUACCUAACUUUAAAGAAUUCUAUGUUCAAUCGGAUGUUAACAAUGAUGGAUUAGAAUGUUUAAGAUUACUCAAUGAGAUCAUUGCUGAAUUUGAUAAGCUAUUAGAUAAAAAUAAAUUUAGUUGUGUAGAAAAAAUUAAAACUAUUGGCCAUACUUAUAUGGCAGCAGCUGGACUCAAUCCAGGUGUUGAACAUCGUAUGACUAGAGAGCGGUACAAUCAAAAUAUUGUUGCACUUGCGGAAUUUGCUUUUGCUAUGAUUGCAGUACUUGAAGGAAUCAAUCGAGAUUGUUUUAAUGAUUUCAAAUUACGUGUUGGCAUGUGUAAUGGUCCUCUUGUUGCUGGAAUUGUUGGUGCCAAAAAACCUCAAUAUGAUAUUUGGGGUAAUACAGUAAAUGUUGCUUCCCGUAUGGAUAGUACUGGUGUCGUUAGUUGCAUACAUGUUCCUGAAGAAACACAACGAGUCUUAUUUGAACAUGGUUAUCCAUGCGAAUGUCGUGGCCCAAUUUAUGUAAAAGGUAAAGGUAAUAUGACAACAUAUCUAGUUCGACCACGUGGUUAUAUGAUGCCAUUGUCAAGUUCAAAUCUUUCAUCUAUAGGGAAUACAUCCAAUAAAUGA